UGGCGUUGCGGCGUGACAAUGCGAUACAAUUGGUUAUCGCAUAAUCGCAAUAUUACUAAAGAAGCAGUCAUGGAAUCGGUACGUGAUUUGCAAUAUUUGAAUCUGAAAUGUUCUCUCUUUUCCUUCUUCUUCCUUCUCUGUCAUUAUAAGUGAAACUUUUUCUCAGACAUACGAGCUGUAUCGUCUCGAUAAAGGGCCACUCGAAAAAUCGACUUUAAACGUGGAAGACGCUACAUACGCGCUCAAGAUAAUGAACUCUAUACGUCGGAUGGAAAAUAAGGCCGCAGAGUUGUACAGACAGCGGCUCAUCAAUGGCUUCUUACACUUGUACGCUGGAAGCUAUAGCUAUAGGUCUGAAAAUGGCUCUGGCUGAACGAGACACCGUCAUCACGGCGUACAGAUGCCACGGUAUAGCCGUGGUGUUCGGUGUCCCGAUUCGCUCGAUUCUCGCGGAACUCCUGGGUCGUAAAACAGGCGCGGCCAAGGGUAAGGGUGGCUCGAUGCACAUGUACGCCCCGCAAUUCUACGGUGGCGACGGUAUCGUCGGUGGACAGGUACCUAUUGGCACCGGUAUAGCCCUGGCCCACAAAUACAAUGGCACAGGCGCUGUAUCCUUUACGUUGUACGGUGACGGUGCAGCCUCGCAGGGUCAAGUCCACGAAGCUUGGAACAUGGCAAAGCUGUGGAAUCUACCGGUGGUCUACAUCUGCGAAAAUAAUAAGUACGGGAUGGGUACGGCCGUACAUCGACAUUCCGCCAACUCUCGGCUUUAUACGCGCGGAGAUCUCAUACCGGGAAUAAAGGUAGAUGCGCGUAUGCCUCUACUCCGUUCUUUCAUUAAUGUAAUCUCGCUUGUUACACAGGUCGAUGGGAUGAAGAUCGCGGAUGUGCGAGAAGCCUUACGCUUUGGUAGAGAUUACGCGCUGAGAAACGGCCCGAUUGUACUGGAGAUGGUAACUUAUCGUUAUUUCGGACACAGUAUGAGCGAUCCCGGUCACUCGUAUCGUACCAGAGAAGAAAUUAAAGCUGUGCAAACCGAGCAAGAUCCAAUCGUGUUACUUACCAAGCUCGUCAUAGAGAAGGGCCUUAUGACUGAAAAAGACGUCGAGGUCGGUAUAACUCUCGUAUCAAUUAUUGCAAGUGACAUUUCUAUUAUGUUCAGAAUCUACGGAUGUCAGCCUACAAACAAGUCGAUCAGGAAGUGGAGCAAGCCAAGGCCGAUCAGUGGCCAGAAAUGUCGGAAAUCUCGAGCGACGUUUAUGUCAAGCCGUUAGAGAAAGUCCGCGGUAAAGUCCCUUGGGAAUUACAUUGAAAGCCGAUAUAAAACGACGAUUAAAGUAAUUACCUUAGACUGUAUAAAGUUAUCAAUUGCACCGCUACAUAAAAUUGAAUUCUCUUAUACAUAUGUACUUUUGAUCACGUUAUUUGAUAAGUGGAGAGGCAAUCUAAAACUAAUUGAUGAAAUUAUCAAGCUAUCAAGAAUUGAGAUACAAGAUGGAAAAGCAUCCGUGUUAUCCUCUUCUAGAUCUUUGUCGAAUAAGAUUAUGUUACGCACGUUAUGCGAGAAUUCUCUCCAUUUUUAUUAAUAAACACACAAGUUACCUUUGGUCAACAAUGUUUUUCUACUUGCGACGCGACGAAAGUGCAGUCGAUUUUUCACAAAGCUUUAAACUAGUAUUUAAAUCAUUGAGCGGAUUCUAGUCGAGUUGAAAACGAGAUAUUGGGAGAUUGAGUGAGUCUCGCCGAGAGAAACGAUCAAUUAAAGCUGGUUUUAAACGACGUUUCAAAUGAGAGCGAAAGGGCAGUGGAGAGAUGGACACACGGGCUCGAUGAAUGAGUCAGAAGGCGAAAGAGGCGUAGCAGAGGAGAGGAGAGGCGCGGCACGGCGGAGCCAACGCGAAUGCGGAGACAAGGCUGCACCGACGUCUCUGCGGGAGUCGCCUUACGUCGCUCGCAUGUGUCACGUCGCGCUAAUUGAAUUCUAACGAGACGACAGUCGCUCGACGAUACAUGGCGAUAUCGCAUCCGACGGUCACCUUUACCUGUCUGCCGACGUUCCUUUCAUUUUAACCGCGCAGACACGCAGCCGGCUCAGCGAAUCUCUUUGACUCGCGCAGUCUCGAGGAACCAGCUCGAAUCUGCAGCUUGUCCAGGUACGACAACAAUAUGGAAAUGGAUAUCAAGGUGAAUGAUAUAUUGCGAGGUAUGUAUAU